AUGCACUACACUUAGCUGCAACAUGGUGGGAGAGGAAAUAUAUUUGCGACACACUCUUUGUUGCAAACUCGGUGAUUGGCUUUGACUUACUUUUUAAUUAUCAAUAAAUGGCCCCUAUAUCGGUAUUGUUAUGAUUUCGGUAUUAUAAAAGAACAGAAUUGUUCAGGGUAGUUAUCAGUUCACAGUCUGACUUCAUUAGAUCAACUGCACUGCACUACUGCGUAUAUUUAUUCAGAAUGAUGCUUAAAGUUGUGGGUCUUCUUGCCUUAGUCGCUGUGGCGGUCGCUCAGCAUGGACAUGGCCAUGGGUAUUCCUCCCAGUACAUAUCUAAACACGACGGACACCCGCAGAUAGUCACCAUCAAAGAUCACCACGGACACGAAAAACACGUCGACUACUACACUCAUCCCAAAUACGAGUUCAAGUACAAAGUGGACGACGAUCACACGGGCGACCACAAGUCGCAGCACGAGCACCGCGACGGCGACGACACCAAGUCCAACUACCACGUCGAUGUCAAGCACAUUGUUCCUGAGCACCAUCAUCACUAAACGGGAAUAACUACUCAGUUUUUACGUUUUCAAUGCCAGUUGUUAACCAGUUUUAAUGGUAUAAAUGUUAUUCGACAUUAUUGUUAAAUAAAAAACAAAUAAAAUUAUUCAAUUUAA